AGCGUUUUUCCUUUCUCUGGCCUCGCAUUAUCACAGUCCCUCUCUCUCUCUCUGGCCUACCAAAAGAUAAUAAUACUACUUGAAUGCGCUCUUGACUCUUCCCCGUGAAGAUAGAAACUACCUGCCGACGCUUCAGUCUUUGUGUGACCGAAGAUGGGGUUGAUAUCAGGGAUUCUGUUCGGGAUUGUCUUCGGCGUUGCUAUAAUGGCUGGCUGGGCUCGUAUGAUGACUCACCGCUCCUCCAAGCGAGUCGCCAAGGCAGUUGAUAUGAAACUUCUAGGCUCUCUUAGCAGAGAAGAUUUGAUCAAAAUUUGUGGUGACAACUUUCCUCAGUGGAUAUCUUUUCCUGCCUUUGAACAGGUCAAAUGGCUCAAUAAACUACUAGGCAAGAUGUGGCCAUUUAUUGCAGAGGCAGCAACUAUGGUAAUCAGGGAUUCUGUUGAACCGCUACUUGAAGAUUACAGACCACCGGGAAUUACUUCCCUGAAGUUCAGCAAAUUGACUCUGGGUAACGUAGCACCAAAAAUUGAAGGUAUUCGUGUUCAAAGUUUCAAGGAAGGUCAAGUCACAAUGGACGUUGAUCUUCGGUGGGGUGGUGAUCCAAAUAUCGUUUUAGCUGUUACAGCACUCGUUGCUUCUAUACCCAUUCAGAUGAAGGAUCUUCAAGUUUUCACAGUUGCACGUGUUAUCUUUCAACUUGCGGAUGAGAUUCCUUGUAUAUCUGCUGUUGUUGUAGCUCUACUUGCCGAGCCAAAACCAAGAAUCGAUUACACUCUGAAGGCCGUGGGUGGAAGCUUGACGGCAAUUCCUGGACUAUCUGAUAUGAUCGAUGACACGGUUGAAACUAUUGUCCAAGACAUGCUUCAGUGGCCUCAUAGAAUAGUUGUUCCCAUUGGUGGUAUUCCUGUUGAUCUCAGUGAUUUAGAACUUAAGCCACAGGGAAAGCUUAUAGUAACAGUUAUGAAAGCAACUAACUUGAAGAAUAAGGAACUGAUUGGAAAAUCAGACCCUUAUGCUACCAUCCACAUUCGUCCUGUGUUCAAGUAUAAAACAAAGGCAAUCGAGAACAACCUGAAUCCUGUUUGGGACCAAACAUUUGAAUUGAUUGCAGAGGACAAAGAAACCCAGUCGCUCACUAUUGAGGUAUUUGAUAAGGACGUAGGCCAAGACGAGCGUCUAGGACUUGUGAAACUUCCUUUAAGCAGUUUGGAAGUCGGGGUAACAAAGGAAAUGGAGCUGAAUCUGUUGUCUUCACUUGAUACUCUGAAAGUAAAAGAUAAGAAAGAUAGAGGAAGUAUAACCCUAAAGGUACAUUACCAGGAGUUCAACAAAGAGGAGCAAAUGGCUGCGUUAGAAGAAGAGAAGAAAAUCAUGGAAGAGAGGAAGAGAUUGAAGGAAGCAGGAGUGAUAGGUAGCACAAUGGAUGCAGUAGGGAUGGUGGGAAGUGGGCUCGGUGCUGGUGUAGGAAUGGUUGGGUCUGGCAUUGGUGCAGGAGUCGGUUUGGUCGGAACUGGGGUGACCUCGGGUGUUGGGAUGGUUGGUAGCGGUUUUGGAGCCAUGGGUAGUGGAUUGAGCAAAGCAGGGAGGUUUAUGGGUAGAACUAUUACAGGUCAGUCCAGUAAGCGUAGUGGCUCCUCCACACCUGUGAAUAGCGAGACCGAUAAUUCGAAACAACAGUAAGUAAACUUUCGGACUUUAAGCAAAGAUUUGUGAGUGCAAUAUUCUCUGAGCCUAGUCAUACGAUGUGACUUUGUGUUCUUUAUUACUUGUUUACUUGUUUCUAUAUUUUGAAUUCACUCUUUCAAUUCUCUUAAUCGGAAAAAGUGUUCAAGACCCACA